AUGGUUCAAUUCCACAUUGCCGUCACCUCCACAAGCCUAACCCUUAUCCUUAGAGCCGCGCGAGCAAAAGAGCCGGAGUUGUCAACCACCACAGCUCAGGCUGGGGCGGAUCCGGUCCGGCCCCACGAGUCCCCGGGUGAAAGGCUUCAGGACUCGGUCGACCUUGGUUAUUCAUUGGUUUCUGGCAGCAAUGCUUUCGUGGGUUUGCAAGAGGUCUUCGGAAAUGGCGAGUAUCAAGAUAUUGCAGCCACUUACAAUCACACCUCUCAAAUUGCUCUAUCAAACAAAGGUGUCGAAAUGCUCAUUGCGAAGCUGCCACCGAGGACCGUCACCGAAGCACUAGUUGAUUUCUUCUUUGAUGAGGUGAACUGGCAUUACUUUAUUCUCGAGCGACUCUAUUUUGAUAACCUAUUUUCACGCUGGCCACCUAGAGAGCAAACGGAGCCCGUGAGCUAUCUGAAAAUCUCAGAACUUUCAACAGAACUACAAUACUUUCCCUCCCUCCUUUUCCAGGUCAUCGCAUUAUCCUUGCAGUUCCUGCCACCUGACUGGGACCUCUUCGCUGAGUUGUCGCCGGCGGGAAUUGCCUCUUCACAGACGUAUAGCGAUCUGGGUGACGAGCUGUUGUCGCUGUUGGGCAGACCUGGGUUUGCUCUGACUGCAGUUCAAGCGGAUUUCCUCAGGUCUUCGUGGCUAAAGAACCGCGGGAGAGGCAUUGAAUCUUGGCAUGUGGUUGGAUAUGCUAUCAGACAAGCCCAGGAACUUGGACUGCAUCGGCACAAAGCAAUUUAUCAGUCAGAUCAAACCAAUGUGGACCAGACGCUAAGCCUGUUCUGGUACGAAGAGAAUAAGAAACGUCUAUGGAUCAAUCUGUUCAUCUGGGAUAGUUUCAUGGCUAUGAUUCUUGGUCGCCCGCGAAUGAUACAUAUGGAUGACUGCGAUGCUAAGCCCCCUAUGAAUCGAAAUAUACCUAGUGAUCCUUCCACGGCGGUACCAAUGGCAUUACGCCCCGAAGACAAUCGCGGUAUUGCAACCGUCUCGGCACUUCUGUUCCGGUAUGCACUUGCAUGCAAGGUGCAUGAAAUGCGAGCUCUCAAAGCAGACCAUCCUCACCCCAAAGACUAUUCUGUUGUCCGAACCAUACAUGGGGGCCUGAUAUCGUUACUUGAUGAAUUACCUGCCUUCUUGCGGUUGAAGAAUUCCGACACUACUUGGGACUUGAAGUACCCAUAUCUCCCCCAGCUCCGACAGGAAUUGCAGGUCGUGGCGAACCUAUUUCUUAUGACAUUACACAGGCCACAUAUUAUAUCUAACGCAGAGAGUCGAAAAGCCGCUUUGCAGGCGGCGCUUGAAACGCUUGAUUGCCAACACCGCAUCUUUGCACAAGCCAAAGGACAUCACUAUCACCUAUUCGGCCUUGCAUUUUACACAAUCGAUGCCUCAUUUCUUGUCUCUAUCAUUACAAUCUUGUUUCCUCCGCAAGACUACGAAGCCAAACGAAAGAUUGACCACAGCCUCCAGCAAGCGAUUGAGAGCCUUUCUGAUAUGAAAGCAUUCAAUCCAACAGCGGAAGCAGGCUUAGAUGUCCUCCAACGUUGCCAUCAAAAGCUCAAGGUUGCCUGCGGAUCACCAAGCAAUACUUCUCAAGCGAAAACAACCUCAUACGGCACACCCGGUGAUAGCCUAGACAACCUCAUAAGGGAUCUGGCAUAUCUGGACUCCGAUCCAUUUGCCGAUCCUCAGCCCGAGCUUUCUCAGCCCAACACGUCUUUUGCUCACGGUCCUUCGCCUCAUAUCUUGCAGGCUAUUGGAGACAGCUUUAACCAGACAUAUUGGUUGGAUCAAUUGAACAUGAUUCAUCCCUCUUUAUCCGGUCAGGACUCCGGAAAUCUGUGGGAAAAUGUUCAUUUUGAUUGA